ACCUUUGUUACAGGGGCCCAUGUGAACCCAGCAGUCUCCCUGGCCAUGGUGGUCCUGGGCAAGCUGCCAAUAAAGAAGUUCCCUGUCUACGUGGCAGCACAGUUCCUGGGUGCCUUUGCUGGAUCGUGUGCUGUCUAUGGGUUGUAUUAUGAUGCCUUAAUGGAAUACACAGGAGGAGUUAUGCAAGUUACUGGCGUCAAUGCCACAGCUAAUAUAUGGGCAUCCUACCCUGCCAAGCACAUCUCAGUCCUUGGAGGAUUCGUAGACCAGGUAAUAGGAACAGCUGCCUUGAUCCUGUGCAUUCUGGCCAUUAUUGAUGGGAAGAACAUUGGAGCUCCUAAAGGGAUGGAGCCACUGUGCAUUGGCCUGAUCAUCAUGGCCAUCGGAGUGUCCAUGGGACUCAACUGUGGCUAUCCCAUCAACCCUGCUAGAGACCUGGGCCCAAGGCUCUUCACUGCUGUGGCCGGUUGGGGCAUGGAGGUGUUCCGUGCUGGAGGCUGCUGGUGGUGGAUCCCAGUAGUGGGGCCCAUGGUGGGAGGAGUGGUGGGAGCCGCCGUUUACUUCCUGUUCAUCGAGCUGCACCAUGCCGAGCCUGAGAAACAGGAGGAGAACAACAUCAAGGACAAAUACGAGAUGGUCACCCUGAGUUAGACAAAGAGGCCAUGAGCACCAAUGGUACUGAGGCUUGGCAGCUUCCUUCCCCUUUAACCCUCAACAGGCUAAACAUUCACCUCAAUGAGGCCACACUUGACACAACCUUCUCCGCUUGCACUAGAGUAAUUUCCUCUGUCUAAGGGACCUGAGGUCAGGUCUCAGUCUCUGCACUCUCAUGGACAGGUCCGCUGAAAGAAUGCCAGUUGAGCCAACACAUAAAAAACACAAACAGUAUGUAAUGUUAAAUUCACAAUCACAAGCUGAGAUCUCAGGCAUGUUUACUAGCCCAUGACAUCAUCAUCAGGUGUUCAGACGAUCCAUUCUACUCUGAGGAUAGUUCCUGAGUACAGUGAUUUUUAAGAAUUUAUAUUGCAUUUCUUGUAUAGGGAUAUUUUUCAUUGCCGGAGGAAUUUUCCAAGUUUGAAACCGUCUCAAUAUUUUCUCUUUCAGGCAGAGGCAAUAGUAAAUGUUAUUAACAACACCAAUGGUAAAUGUUAUUAACAACAUAGAAAAUAGCCAGUAACAGUUUCUGUGAUGGAAGGAAGGAAAUGUGUAUAUUCUUUGUCAUUGAGCUAGUUUAAUGGUAUGCUCUCUGGAGUGUCUUCCAUCUUCUGCUUCACUUCAUCCAUCUAUUUGUUACAGUUAUGUGAAUCGCUCUGCCUGCUGUGACACACAGCCACAUCACUGCAUGUGUGCUAUAGCUAACACACAUCUAUGUAUUUGUGCUUUGAAAAGCUCAUAGUCUUGUUUCCUAGCUUUUAUUUUUAGAGGGCAGAAAAAACAGCCUUAAUGUGUGUGAAAUGAGCCUCCCACCGUUCUGCUUGUACUCUCUCUCUCGUGGAGCACAGAACUGUGUAUCGUGACACGGCAUCACUUCUAAAUUAUUUUUAUCUGACUUUUAUUUCCUCUUAUAUAACAUUCCUGAUGUCAUGUGCACACAUUUUCAUAGAAGCAUGAGUAGGGAAGCCUAGUAUCUACAGUACCUAGCAUGAGUAGGGAAGCCUAGUAUCUACAGUACCAUUGGACAUGUUUUAAUAAACAAAAUACUGUAUGAAGAGUCCACUGAGAGAUAGUUUACCCCACUGGCCAAUGGCCAUAUGGGAAUGUAUAAAAAUUGUUUGUUUAUCGUAA